AUGGCAUUAAUUAUGAACUAUUCCGGUGUUCCAUUGUUUCCCCUUUUGACUCUAAAAAAUACCCAUAGCCUACGGUCACUUGUUUUUGUUAAGAGCAUAGGUGGUAAAACUUCAGUUUUAUUGUCACCAGAAUCAUUUAGGAUCAACGAAGGAUCUUAUGCUGACAGGAAGAAUAUCGAUGUUGCUACUUAUGAUGAUAAAUGCGUAUUUCAGAGUCCACAAAAUGUUCCUGAAGAGUUGGAACCUUUGUGGGAUGAUGGUUAUGGGACUCAAACCAUUAAGGAUUUUGCUGAAAUUUCCAUGGAUUUGAUCAAGAACGACAGAGGGCCACCUAGGUGGUUUUGCCCUGCCACGUGUGGCUUUCCUUUAAAAGAGUCGCCAACUCUUUUGUAUUUACCUGGGAUUGAUGGAACCGGAGCUGGGCUUGUUGUACAUGAGAAAGGUCUAGGAAAGCUUUUUCAUGUUCAAUGCUUGCAUAUUCCUGUUUCGGAUAGAACAGCAUUGGAAGGUUUGAUUAGUAUUGUGGAAGAAACUGUGUUGAUUGAGCAUUAUUCAUCGCCAAAUAAGCCAAUAUACUUGCUAGGAGAUUCUUUAGGAGGAAGCUUGGCACUUGCAGUGGCUGCUCGUAAUCCUACAAUUGACUUAAUGCUCAUACUAGCAAACCCAGCAACUUCCUACGAGAGGUCGUCAGAACACCCUUUAAUACCGCUUGUGAGGGAUUUACCUAUGAGCCCUCUUCUAAGUGACUUUGUAAAGAUGACAACGGUUGGAAUCAAUGGUACAAACCAUUCACCAUUUCUUUGGCAACUUUUUGGCAAAUUUUUGGAAGAUGUACCCCUUCAAUCUGUGAUGGCCAAAAUACUACCCAACGACACUCUUGAAUGGAGGUUGAAGCUGAUUCAAUCAGCUGCCGCCUAUGUUAAUUCUCGUUUCCAUGCUAUUACAGCUCAAGUACUUGUGCUUGCUAGUGGAAAGGAUAACUUCAUACCAAGUAAAACUGAGGCCCAAAGGCUAAAAAGAUUGUUGAAGAACUGCCAUGUACGUGUGUUUGAAGAAAACGGGCACACAAUCCUAUUGGAAAGUAAUGUUAACUUGUUGUCUGUUAUUAAGACUAAUCAGAUCUACCGUCGCUCUUUAAAGCAUGACAUCUUCAAGGACUUUUAUCCUGCCAGUAUGACAGAGUUUAAAAGCUCACCCAUGGAAAAAUGGUGGUUCCGCCUCUAUACAGGCACAACACUGUUCUCAACAAUGGAGGAUGGAAAGAUAGUGAGAGGUCUUGCAGGGAUUCCUGAUGAUGGACCUGUAUUAGUUGUCGGUAAUCACAUGUUAUGGGGAUUUGAUGCUUUUUCUCUUGUGCCGGAGUUUUUGAGAGAAAAGAAAAUCACACUUCAUGGUUUAGCCCAUCCAGAAAGUUAUCAAAUUCGUGAAGAAGAUGAAUAUCUUAUGAUUCCUUUAACAGAUAUACAUAAGAUAUUUGGCACAAUUCCUGUUUCUGCCAGAAACCUCUUUAAAUUGUUAUCAAGAAAUUCGUUCGCCUUGCUUUACCCUGGUGGUGCACGUGAGUCUCUCCAUCGUAAGGGCGAAAGUUGUAAGUUGUUCUGGCCUGAUAAACAAGAAUUUGUAAGAAUGGCAGUGAAGCUUGGUGCCACAAUUAUACCAUAUGGAGCCGUUGGAGAAGAUGAUCUAACAGAACUACUGAUUGAUUUGGAAGACAUGAAACGAAUCCCAUUCCUCGAUCAAAAGGUGAAAGAAUUCAAUCAAGGGAGAAAAAACUUGAGAGCGGGGCAUGGAGGAGAGAUUGCUAAGCAACCACUUCACAUACCUAUAUUUUUGCCCAAGUUGCCAGGACGACUCUACUUUAUGUUCGGGAAGCCCAUACAAACAAAAGGAAAAGAACAUAUGUUAAACGACAAAGAUUACUUGCGAGAGUUAUACUUGCAAAUAAAAUGUGAUGUUGAAAAGAAUAUAGCUUAUUUGUUAACAAAGCGUGAGAAGGAUCCUUACAGAGGCAUCUUCGAUAGGCUAAUGUGGGUUUCGAAUCACGGGUCUUUAGACAAUAUUCCAUCAUUUGAGCCAUGAACAUUAAG